CACGCUGCUCGACUUUUUGCUCUCCCUGUGAGUCGGCUGCUAUCUUGUGCCACAGGCUCUAACGGAUGGGCAGCGAGGAAGACGAAAGCGGCUACGGCACAACACUUAGCGGGUAUGAGGAGGAGGAAAACUCACCGGGCAGCGUUCGCUCGCUAAUGCUCCGCGCCGCACUCGAAGCGCCGGACGAGUUCGAGUUCGCAGUGAGUGACGACGCAUCCAUCAGCGAUGUCAGCAGCAGUAGCAGCAGCCUUGGCGACGACGCGGGGGGAGAGCAGGUAGGCGAGGAACUAGGCCGCGCCGGGCGCAGCGAGUUGCGGCUGCGGCAGCAGCAGCACAGGGGCGCGGCCGCCGUGGGUCGGGCCGCAUACGUGAUGACUGAUGACCACGCUGGCGGUCACGUGGGCAAUAGUAGCAGCAGCUGCAACAACCGCCACAAGGACGGCUACGGAGGCACUGUUGGGCCGUCCAAUGGUGGCGGUGCAGCAGCAGGGCGGGCGCAGCAGGCCGCCUCACCGAGCCGCCUACCGCCAGCAGCACCAGCACCAGCACCAGCAGCAGCACCAGCAGUACCAGCAGCAGCAGCACCAGCAGCAGCCGCGCAGGCCCGGCAGCGGCAGCGGCGGCGGCGCGGCUCGCGCGGCAGUGCCGCGGGCGAGGAGAAGGAGCCGCCGGGCGUGAGGCUGCCAGCUGGGGCGCAGGUGGCGCAGGUGACGGCGGCAGAGGCGGACGCGCGGCCGGUGCGCCGGAGCCUGGCGCCGUGCUUCGACCAACACGCGCCAGUGGGCGGCCGCAGCAAAGGCAGCACUGGCGGCGGCGGUGACGGCGGAGGGCAAUGGCAGGGGCAGGGGCAGUUUGAUCCGUGGCUGCUGGAGUCGCCUAGAAGCUCUGGAGCACAGGGCUUCAGGCGCCCGCUCCCUCCCCGCCCUCAGCAGCAGCACCCGCAGCCUACUGCACACCGGUCGCCAGCGCAACAUUUGGCACAGCAGACCUCGCAGUCGGCAGCAGAGGUGGCAGGGACAGUGGCGGCCGUGGGGCCAGCCACGCCGCCGCAGCAGCAGCACGCACCCUCAUGUCAGUACACGCCACGCAGCAGCGAGCGCACUGGCUCGGGCGGGGACGAACGCACGUCCCCGCCGCGACAGGAGCCCUACACGCCGAACCGCCACCACCAGCAGCGGCAGCAGCAACAGCAACAGCAACAGCAGCCGCAACAGCAACAGCAACAGCAACAGCAACAGCAGCAAUGUGCGGACGCGUGUCGAGCGUCGCCGCCCACACCCCGACAGGACACCGGUGCACGCAACGCUUCCCUGUACGCCCGCACAAGUGCCAGUGUCACUGGCAGCGGCUUCUACGCACAUGGCACGGCAGCGCGUGGCCCAGCCCAGGAAUCGGACCGCGGUGGCGGAGGUGGCGGCGACCGCCAGGGCGGCGGCGGCGGCGGCGGCGGUGACGUGGCGGCGGCGGCGCGGCGGCAGGGUGCUGACCUGGUGGCUGUGGCGGACCGGCUGCUGGCGGGGUGGCGGGGCCGGUGCCUGGAGGCGGAGGCGGGGCUGGGGGACAUGCGGCUCGAGGUGCGGCUGGCGCAGAUGCAUGUACGCGACCUGUCCAGCUCCAUGCAGGCAGCGGCGGCGGAGCGGGAGGCAGCGCAGGCGCGCGCAGCGGAGGCGGAGCGGCGCCAGGGCGAGAGCGAUGGUGCUCUUGCAGGAGCGCUGCAGCGGGCGGAGGCCGCGGAGGCCAAGGCUGCGGAUGCAGAGCAGCGCGCGACAGCUGCACAGGCAGCGGCAUCCAUCAAAGCUGCCGAGGCGGAGGAGGCGCGCCAGGCUGCGGAAGCGGCAGCGGCUGCCAAGCAGACGGCCGAGGCAGCCCUGCUGCAGCUGCGCGCCGAGGCCGAGACCCAGCGCCGGGAGCUCGAGGCCCGGGUGGUGGCGGCAGGCGCGGCGGUGGAGGCUGCGGAGGCGCGGGCGGUGGAGGCGGCGGAGGCUCUGCAGCGCCUGUACCAUGAGGUGGGCAUAGAGCGAGAUGCGCAUGCGCAGCAGCUUGCGGUGUUGCAGGCGGAGGCGGCGGACGCGGUGCACCGGGUGGAGGCGGCGGAGGCAGCUGCGGAGGUGCAUGAGGUGGAGGCGGAGGCGGCGCGGGCUGAGCGGGGCGCGGCGGAGGAAGCGGCGCGGCGGCAGCGGGCUGUGGCCGCCGACCUGCGCGGCCAGCUGGCGGAGUGCUCCCGGCAGCUGUCCGAGGCGCGUGCCUCCAGCUCGGCGCUGGCGGCGGCGGUGGAGGAGAGCGGCGCCGAGCUGGCGGCCAAGCGCGAGGCGGUGGCGGAGCUGCAGCGGGAGCUGGCGCGGGCGGGGCUGGCGGCGGCGGCGCUGAGGGGGCAGCUGGCGGAGGCCAAUGCACGCGGCGCGGCGCUGCAGGCGGAGGUGGAGUCGCUGGGAAACAAGAUUCUGGAGGCAGCGGGGGAGAUGUCUUCGCUUAGGGCUCGCUGCGACGAGGCGGCGGAGGCGGCUGCGCGGGCGGAGGCGGAGGCGGCGCAGCUGCGUAAUGAGGUGGAGGCGGGCGGCGUGCUGGCGGCGCAGCUGCAGCGCCGCAUUCAGUGCAUGUGCGGGCAGGAGGAGGCGCUGGCCGCUCAGCCGCUGGAGACGCUGGAGGCGCUGGCGGCCAUGUCGGAGGCCGCCCUGCCGCGGGUGAGGCACGCCAUCGUGACGGCCAGGGUGGCAGCUGCGCGCUCCGAGGCGGUGGAGGCGGCGGCAUGUGCAGUGUGCCUUGCGGGCAGCCGAGACACAUUCCUGAACUGCGGCCACAUCAUUUGCCGGGGUUGCUCAGAGAGGGUGGAGCGAUGCCCCAUCUGCCGGGCGGCCAUCACCAACCGCUCGAGGGCGUUCGUCUGACGCGCGUCCCGGCCUCUGUGCACUUCAUGCACGGCAGUUCAACGGCGGGCGCUUCAGAUUGACCGGGGCUAGCGCUUUAGAGUUGGCCAAAGCAGGGCGCAUCUGCGUUGGGCUGUUCCCAGCGUUGGAUGCCGGGGCAGCUGCCACAAGCGUGUGUUUGGGGUGAUCCGCUGAACUGUAACUGCUGGCACCGCAGUUAGAUAUAGGUAGUAGACCUGAGCUACAUUCGGUUGUCUGCCAGUUUCUUUGUGUCCUAUGCCAUCGUAGACAUCCGAGGCCUGGGACAGCCAAGGGCCAGACACUAGUGCAGCAUUGAACCGUACGUUGAUGCCGUGAAGCGCUGUCGUCAGCGAUGCCCCUGGCUAUAGUGGCAUCCCGAGAAGCACGCUGCUUGCAAAGGGAGUGCUAAGGAUGGAGUGCGCGACCAGACGCGACGGCCCAGGGACAGCGCGGGCUACCGGACUGGCACGUACUGGCACCAACGCGCAAUCCGAACCGUGGUUCCCCGCGUGUCAACUUGCCCUGCCCCGCGACCGCGACCACCUCUUUU